AUGGAGCAAAACUUCAUCUGCAGUCCGGUCAAGAUUGUGAAGUAUCUGGAUAAUUGGAUAACAAAUGUUAAAGAGGUACUUCCAGCAAUAUCUCUGGAUAUAUGCGUUGUAUACUUUUAUAUAACUAGUGGGUGACUUGGCCUAUAUCAGGUAUAUGACAAACUUUCAACUGUUAAUCUACAGUCCGGUCAAGAUUGUGAAGUAUCUGAUAUUCCCCAUGAAUUCGGUCUCUUGGUUCAACGAGCUAUUACUGAUGCACAUCAUCUUAUUAAGAAGGAUGAUCGGAUAAGAAAUGUUGAAGAAGUAUUUCCAGCAAUUUCUCCGGAUAUAUGCAUUGUAAACUUCUAUACAACCAGGGGGCGACUUGGCCUAUAUCAGGAUCAUGAUGAAAACAGAGAGAGUAUCGGUUUAAGGGGUUACCUUUUGAUCUCCAUUUCUAUUGGCAAUUCGACUGAGUUCCUGCACGGUGAUGAGAGAUAUGCAGACAAGGAAGAGAAACUUGUAUUAGAACCAGGGGAUGUAUUGAUAUUCGGUGGUAUGUCUACAAUGGUUUUCCAUGGUAUCUCAUCUAUCAAUAAGAUCUUAGCUCUUAAGUCUUUACUAAAAGAAACCAAUCUUCAGGCUUUCGAAAAUUUGUAA